AUGGAGACCACAAGAAGGCUAACCCGGAUGCUGCGAUUUCAACCGCUGUUUACAACGCAUGUUUUCGCCUGGGCAUAUUCCUCGCGGAUGAAAAAGAGUCUGGUGCUUCUGCACCAGAAGGGCUCUCAGAACGAUUUGAGUAACUGGGGACCCAUUGCGAUGGGUGAUGUUGUCGUCGCAGUGCUGGCCGAUCACCUGAUGUGCUGGGCGACAGCAAACAACCGUUUGUACGCUGCCCAGAAGGGAUUCUUGCCGCAUGAAGGGUACCUUAAGCAUUCCUUCAUGCUGCAUUGCGUUAUAGAGCGCGCUCGUGAUCUGAAGAAACAAGUGGUGGUCGCGUGGCUGGACCUUGCUGACGCGUUCGACUCUGUCUCCCACGUGGUCAUUAGGCAUGCCCUUGUCGACGCCGUCAUGCCCAUAAGGGUCGUCGAUAUCGUGGAGAGCCUGUACGAAGGCAGAGGUGGUACUCAUCCACCCACUUGGGGUGGAUGUGGGCUCUCUCCGUUGGCUGACCUUGCUGACGUUACUGUCGUGGCCGAUGCUUUCAAAGUGAUGCAUGCACUGGACACGGCGAUUGCACGAGUUGCGAGGUCGACGUUGGAAAACACCGUCCGCUCGAAAAUCCGGCGUACGCCAAACGAGGAGGACAUCGCCAAGUAUCUUUCGGACUCGCGCGAGAGGGAACUGUCGUUAUCAUCCUCUAGUCGCGUGUUGUUCUGUUCGCGGGAACGCUUGUUAAGAUCGGCCGCGCUGAAGUCCGCGCAUCGGUUCUGGUUCCGUUGGCGCUGGGAUUCUGCUCGAUGCGAGCUUUCGCUGGACGGCAAGUCAUUGGCCGUCUUGGGGCUGCCAUGGCCGAACACUACAUGUCAGCGCUUAUCGCGAAGCCGGACCAGGGAGCGAGCAAUCGCUUCAUGCGGACGGAUUAGUACCUGUGCUUUGCCGACUGGCGCUUUGUGCAUCGCGCGCGCCUUGUGCAUCGACGUGCUCCCCUUAAAUGGGUCGCGCAGAUGGGGCGACGGUGACCGGAGAUCCGGGAAGUGUGGGUACCAGUUCGAGAUUUUGUCCCAUGUGCUCUGCAGCUCCCAUGCGACCGCUCGGAAGUUGCGCCAUAACGCGAUUGUCGAGUGGCUUGCCGCGGCAGUCAGGAUUCCCGUGGUAGUCAGGGUAUAUCAAUGCGUUCCGGGCGUGGACCGAGACCUUGCGGCUCUGCGUUCUGACAUCGUUGUGACGCACGAGCCGUCAAGGACCGUCGUCAUUAUAUACGUGACCGCGCUAUUCAAGAACAAGCUCGAAGCGUUGGAAAGGGCGAGGCUAGAAAAAAUUCAAAAACGUCAGCCCCUCGCGGACGCGUUAGUGACAAGCGAUCACGUCGUCUAUGUCGACGGCAUCGUUGUAGGCGCCCUGGACGCAUGGCACCCACAUAACGACCGCCUAUUCCUGAUGCGAAAAUUAAAAGUUUCGGUGAAGAUCGCGUGGUCCCGAGACAUAUACGUCGAACAUUCGGGCAUUCGUCAGUACAGCGUGCCGGGGCCAGCCGCGAAAGACGCGGCGCCUUUCGACAGUUCGAGCGCGACCAUUAACGUCUCCGAGGCCAUAGCGGCGCAGAUAACUUAG